AUUGCCUCGAGGUAAACAACACAUUCAUGGUUUAACAACAUGGCGGUUCAGUGAGUUGUGCUGGAGACACGUUUAGACAUUAAUCUCUAAUUUGCAGUCUUUGCCAAAUACUUAUUGCUGCAUUUUCGGAAAAAUAUAUAUUUUUAUACUGCUGAAAAGAUAGAUAACAGAUUUUCGGUGUCGAGUUGUCCGUUAACGUCAACAACAAAAUGAGCAACAUUUACAUUCAAGAGCCUCCAACAAACGGAAAGGUUCUGAUCAAGACCUCAGCUGGUGACAUCGAUAUUGAGCUGUGGUCCAAAGAGGCACCCAAGGCCGCCAGAAACUUUGUCCAGUUAUGCAUGGAAGGCUACUAUGAUGGAACACCAUUCCAUAGAGUGGUGCCAGAGUUCAUUGUCCAAGGAGGAGAUCCCACAGGAUCCGGGACGGGGGGAGAGUCCAUCUAUGGACGCCCAUUCAAGGAUGAGUUCCACUCCAGACUGCGUUUCAACAGACGUGGUCUGGUUGCCAUGGCCAACGCAGGGCCCCAUGACAACGGCAGCCAGUUCUUCUUCACCCUGGGUCGGGCAGAUGAGCUCAACAACAAACACACCAUCUUUGGAAAGGUGACGGGUGAUACAGUGUACAACAUGCUCAGGUUAUCCGAAGUGGAAUGUGAUCAGGAGGAAAGACCUUUAAAUCCACACAAGAUACGAACCACUGAGGUGUUACAUUCUCCCUUUGAUGACAUCAUUCCACGUGAAAGAAAAAAAUCCAAAAAGGAUGAAGACAAAAAAGAGGGAAAGAAAUCUCAGUCCAAAGCAACAAAGAACUUCAGUCUGUUGUCAUUUGGAGAGGAAGCUGAGGAGGAAGAGGAAAUGGUAACUCAAGUCAGCCAGACACUGAAGGGGAAAAGCAAAAGCAGUCAUGACCUGCUGAAGGAUGAUCCGCUGCUGAGCUCUGUCCCAGCGGUCAACAAGAAAAAAGCCAGAGGUGGGGCUGGAGAAGCAGCAGAGGGUGAGGAUGAUGAGGCUGCGGAGGGGGAUGCGAAUGGUGACGAAGAGGAGUAUGACUCUGACGAGAGGCAGGAAAUGAGGGAGAGGAUCUCUAAGAAGCUGAAGAAGAUGAAGGAGGAUGAUAAGAAGAGUACCGAUCCCAGCGAGGAGGACAGAGGAAAGAGGGCCAACCGCAGCGACGAGCUGCGUCAAGAGGCUCGCCAGUUGAAGAAGGACCUACUGGCCAUCAAAAAGAGGAGGGAAGACAUCGCCAAUCCUCCAAAGAAGGAGGAGGAAGGCGAGGAAGAGAAGAAGCCAGGCAGCGAGGCGGUGGCGGAGUACCUGGAGGGCAAGAAGAAAUAUGAAGACAUGAGGAAACAGAAACUGAAGAAGGGAUCCAGCAGAGAAGCGCAGACAAUGGCGCUGCUGGAUCGAUUCAAGUCCAAGCUGUCUUCAGCCAUCACUGAGACCUCCGAGUCCCCUGAGGAGGCCCCUGAGGAGCUGGCAGAGGACGAUGACAAAGGAUGGAUGGCCCAUGUUCUCCAGUUUGACGAGCAAACCAGGAAAGUCAAGGAUGCCAACAUGCAGGACGAAGACACGUUUGAGAUCUCCGAUCCACGAAACCCCGUCAACAAACGGCGGAGAGAGGAGAGCAAGAAGAUCAUGAAGGAGAAGAAGGCCAAGAGGUGAGGGGUUAGGGAUUAGGCAUGGAGAUUAACCCCAGCCAUGUGACUGACCAGGCCUCUCCUCUCUUCCUCUCUAACCUACCACUUCAAAACAACUGUCUCUCCUGAGCGAACUUUGAACCUUGGAAUGCCAUGAACAUCCAAAACAAAGUUAUUUCUGAGAAGCUGUCGGAAUCCAUUCACAUCUGAACGAAGGGAAAGGCUAACACAGGGCCAAUGUGACUUCAGCCCAUCAGGGUUAUCCCUCCAUAAAAAGGAAACGCACAUGACCUGACAGCUAUAGCUAAUCUAAAACUAUCCGUCAUCAAGACAUAGUGUCAUUUUGAACUGGAAUGUGAACCCACAUUUCCAAGAAUAGGUUCAUUUUCUGUCGUACAGUACUGUAUGUUGUGAUUGCGGGAGUAUUGGAAAGUAAAGGUGAAAAGGGGUUGAGAAAUGUUGAGGAAUGCCCAGGGAUCCAGGUAAAGUAGUAAGGGUGAUUGAUGAUGGUCCCAAAUCAUUGACGUCAACAUGUCUGAUGACCAAUGUUGUGAACAUGUACGGAUAAUAAAUGUACCUUUUUGUCAUAAGGCACACAUUC